ACUCUCAAUUCUUCUUUGCAUUGACCAGACUCGAAAUUCACCUCAGACGCCACCAAACACACCAAUAAUGGCCUAUUUCCUCAUGCCACGAUGUGCACCCUCCUACCAGGCAUCACAAUGUAACCCAUUCGGCUCUUACGCUCCCGUCUCACGACGACCUGCAUACACCUAUAGCGUUUCUCGACCACAGCCUCACCGCCCCGCUUACUCGUCGUUCAAUCACUUCUUCUCCCAAGUUGAUGAGCUGCUAAGCAGCAUCGAUCGCGAAGCGCAGCGCCAGGCACAGAUCGAGGCACAGCGUGAGGCGCAGCGUGAGGCCGAUCGACAGCAACAACAGCGACAAAAUGCUCUCCGCGCUAGGUUCGCUGUCAGCGAAAACGGAAAGGGGUGGCAGCUCGACGGCGAUGUGCAUGGAUUCGAACAGGAGAAUAUCAGCAUCGAGAUUACAGAUGAGCGUACAGUGAAGGUUGUCGGCAACACCGAGUGGAGAGCAGAGGCGGAGAAACAGCAGGAAGUUGCAGCUGACCAGCACCUCACUGAGGGACAUGAAGACGACAAGAUCAAUGACACGUCAGUUGCCAAUGCUGAGACCCAGUCCACGCUCCAGUCCGAAACCGAGACUGUUCGCUCGGCCACACCUUCUAGCAGUACUGAGUCGCACAAGUCCUACCAAGCAUUCGUGGAAGACGACUUCGAAGACCUUGGAGCCGAGGCUUCAUCGCUCUUCUCUGCACCCUCAGAUCCAUCCAGCACCACCGAGCCGAAAGAUGCCGAGAGCAAGGAGAAAUCUGUUGAUGAGGCUGUUAAGACAGGAACGGUUGUCGCGCAACAACUACAGGCUGAAUCUCCAGCUCAACCAACGCAACAACGGACCGAGAAUGAUGACCGUGUUCAUGGAUCGUUCGAGCAAGUGUUCACAUUCCCGGAACGCAUUGAUGGAACCAAUGUUAGCGCCACCUUCAAGGACGGUGUGCUAAGAAUCACUGUGCCGAGGGCGUCGGCACCACAAAUCAGGAGAAUUGCUCUUCUGUGAACGGAAGACACGCGUUGGGGACGGGCGAGGAAGGCUAAUUGUGUCAGGAUGGACAGGUAAUUGGUGGAAGAGUGAUGUCAAAGUAGGAUGGCAAAUGUUGAACUAAGCGCGCUAUUUCGUAAUAAUC